AUGGAUGACGGCGGAGCAAGGAAGCGCCUGGCCAAGGAAACCCGGAGGGCCGCAAUUGAGAUUGCCGACUUAUUCAAAGUUAUCACUGUCCGGGCAAUAAGAUAUCCAAAGGAUGAAGAAGCGCAACAACGCGCUCGCCUCGCCCUGGGGUUUUACAAUGACGUCGCGCCAUUCCCACAGCUAGUCAUUGACGAGAUCUCUGCGAAACGCCUACCUUUUGGGUAUGCGACGAAAAAUUAUGCCGCUCUUCGUCCUAGAUACCUGCCAACUGAGAUUUACGAAGCCAUCAUUGCUCACGUUCUUGAGUUUACGUAUUUCGUGCGGCAAAGAACCCUGGUUUCUCUUUCAGCAUCUUCAAAACGGCUUCGUUACCUUGCAGAACCACAUUUAUACCGCCGUCCUCGAGGCGCUCACUCAAUCGAGCGGCAAUGGAGGUUCAUGUUCAGUCUAUAUCUGGAGCCCCAGAGAGGACAUCUUGUGCAGUCACUCGAGUUCGGAUGGUUUCCUCGGCCUGACAACAGUAAACUUCUCAUUGAUAUAGUUCACGCCUGUCCAAAUGUGCGGGAGUUACAAAUUCAACGAGGCUCCCGCCUGUCCGAUGUCGGGCUAACUACGAGAGAGGAUGUCAAUGUAUUGGCCACUAUCUUCGCUGCAAGCCCCCGGGUUACUCACUUUUGGUACUCAACAUUCACUGAGUGGCUACCUGAGGCGGAUCGCUAUGGGAAUGAGCAGCAGGUAAUCUAUGAACUAUGUGCUGUGGACGACCGCUUUGCAAAGUUCGCUGCCCAAUUACAAGACCUGGCACUCCAUGGUCAAGUAAACUGGCUCGUACGGGCGCUGCUACAUCAUACAUCUCCCACACUCAAGUCUUUGACUCUCGGGCAGGACAUAGAUCUUGGUUUUCGCCCCCAACUUCUCUCGAGUCUGUCUCUCCGCAGCCCUCAUCUUGAAACUCUCGAGAUACGCUGUAUAAUUGCCACGGGUGAGGACCUCAUCAAGGCAUGUAACAAAUGGACAAAAAGCCUGCGUGCUUUGCAUGUCUACGACAUAGAGUUUUCUAAUGGCUGCAUUGGGGAUAUUAUCAAGAUUAUGGAGGUUCUGGAGAAUCUACAUCUGGGAUACGCAUGUGUCCCGAGUCUUGGAGAUCUUGAGGCCAUCGCCCAAUCACCCCCUCAGCGAUUCAAAUCAAUUUCUGUGCACGAUAUGAACAUACCGGGACCAAUAGAUCAUACGUCGGCGGAUCGGAUCGAACGAGCCAUCGCAAGUCUAAUGCUCUCGCAUUCAUCAACGCUCACAAACGUUAAUUUCAUUCCCCACAUGUUCAAGUUGGGGAAGCGUAUGAUAGUCAGUUGUAAGCAAAUGGUCAAUCUCGAGGAACUUUAUGUGGCCUUUUCAAGCGAUGUCACCGCGGCGGACGUGGAUUCUCUGUUGGAAUCUUGCCCGAAACUUUGCUCCGUACCGCGACAGUUCCACGAGCUAUCAUUGCAACCGGAGAAAUGGAAAGAGAGAGAGGUAGCAGAAGAACGCGAGUUUAACGCAGAGUAUGAAAUGCUCCCACCCUCACUGGGCUGA